GUCGCGGGAGUCUGGGGGUUGCGCGUUGCGAGUGUCGUUGCCAGCUAUACAGACAGAAAGAGAGAUAGACAGAGAUAGAGGGAGGCAGAGAAAGAGAGAGAGAGAGAAAGAAAAGAGACGUGCAGCCACCGAGCAUCGGUUAUUCUUUUUUGUUUUUUUUUACAAGUUCUGCGUCAGAGGCAGUUUUAGAGAAUACGGGAGGAAGUGUACGUCGAUGCAGAGUCUGUCUGCUCUCUGAGUGCAACGAGAAAAAAAUUCCAAAUACGAGAGUAGCGACAAAAAAUGCGAGCUCGAGGGAAGCUGAGGGUGAUCGAGCGCCCGCGCCACAGCGUCGCGGGCUAACAGUCGUGUGAAGACACGUUAUAAAGCGUACAUAACGUCGCGAUGACCAGUUCGUGAGGAGCCCGAUGAAUAGCUUCUUCUUCUUUUUUUUUUAAUUAUAAAAAAAAUAAUUUCCUCGCACGUGUCGUCGACGCAGUGAACAUCAUCGUCCAAACGCUGCAUCAACUCGCACUCCCACGCACGAGAUUCGGAUACUUUGCUGGUGAAUGAAAAUGAGGUCAAAAGCAGACGUCGUCGUAGUCUCGAGCGGCCUCGUGCUGCUCUGCUGCUUUGCCUUUGCUCUCAGUACGUCAGAUGCCAAUGCACAAACUACGGAGUCGUCGUCGAGCCAGCAGACACCGUCGAAUCGAGGCGCGGCGAGACAAAUGUACGGCAGCGGCAGUCUCCGUCAAACGGGUAGUCUUCCCAUCCUAACGGGACUAUACACGACGGAUCAGCCUCCCGAACACGAGGACGGGCAGCAGGAAGAGGAAGACGAAUACGAGUCGAGAAAUAGCCUCGUAAGGAAUCGAGAACGUCACGGCCGGGGAGAGCAGCAGCAGCAGCAGCAGCAGCAGCAGCACACGGGGGCGACGGGAGCACGUCAGAAGCCACCAGCCGCGAUGCCGGCUGACUUUUACGACUCCUCGCCGAUGCCGGAUCACACGAGUCAGCUCGAUGACAAACGAGACGACGACAGCAGCAACGGCGGCGACGAAGCUUCGCCGAGCUUCCGUAACGGGGCGUCCGUCAACGGCAGACGUGCCAAUUCGGCCAACGCUCGAGGCGAAUUUCAUCCUCCUGGUUACUCGGACACGGACGUUCCGGAGUCGUCCGUCGAUCGAACUCGGCCAUUAUGGAAUUCGGCGACGCGCAACGGUCACACUGCCGCAGGCGCCAAUUCCGGCCCCGAGGGUCGCUCCGGACUUCCCGGAGGAUUCUUCGAGGACGAGGCGAACGCCGACAAACAAAAGCAAGAACAACAGCACGACAUCAAGAGUACCUCGGCGCCCUGCGGGCCCAUCUGCACCAACGAUCAAUUUCUCUGCGCCAGCACUUGCACCUGCAUCGACAUCGACAGCCGUUGCGACGACAUCUUGGACUGCGAAAAUGACGACGACGAAAUCAAUUGCGAAGGCACAGAAAUGCACCCGUUCAACGAGACUUGCCAAGGCAAGAGGUCCUUGCGCUGCCCUACGACCGGCAAGUGCAUCGCCAAGGAGUGGUUCUGUGACGGCGAGAACGACUGCGGUGAUUUUUCCGACGAAUCGCACUGUGGACCUCAGAAAAAUUGUACGACAGGCCAGUUCGAGUGUCGGAAUGGCCUGUGCUUGCCGCAGAAUUGGGUCUGCGACGGCGAGAACGACUGCAAAGAUUUCUCGGACGAGGAGAGCUGCUCGAAAACAAAGAUAUGCUUCGACAACGAUUUCGUCUGUCUGGAUGGAACUUGUAUAUUGGAUAGCUUGCGCUGCGACGGACACAAAGACUGCGUCGACGGUACCGACGAAAUCAAAUGCGAAGUGGCAGAAGUGCAGUGCAAGGAAAAUCAAUUUCAAUGCGCUUACCCGAGGUGCAUUUCCUUGCUGUAUCGGUGCGACGGCGACGACGACUGCGGCGACGGCAGCGACGAGGAAAAUUGCCCCACGAUCGCCAACACCAGCUGCAAUACCAAUGAGUUUCGCUGUACGAGUGGCAGUUGCAUCAGCAAAAAUUGGCUCUGCGAUAAAGAGAUCGAUUGCAAGGACGGCGAGGACGAGCAGAAUUGCGAGUACCCAACGGCCAAUAAUUGUACCAAAGAGGAAUUCUCGUGCUCCAACGGCGUCUGCAUACCGCGCUCGUGGUCCUGCGACGGAGUACCCGACUGCUCCAACGGCGAGGACGAGCACGGCUGCGAGCUCAAGUGCGAGCUCACGCAGUACAUGUGCAAGCCCAUACAGCUCGUCAACGAGACCAAGCCCGUCGUGCAUCCGGCCCACUGGUUGGCUCACGCGCACGACAACCAGAUCAAUUGCAUCAGUAUAAAGCACGUGUGCGACGGCGUCGUGGAUUGUCCGGAAAAAGAUGAUGAAGAAAAUUGCCCGAAAAAGGUAGCCUGCACCAAAGAUGACAAAUGCUCGCAUCAGUGCAUUCUGACGGUCGAUAAUAAAAAAGCCUGCGCUUGCGAUCCCGGUUACGUGCUGGGAAAAGACAAUGUCACUUGCGAGGACAUAGACGAGUGUAAAUUCGAAAAAGACCCUGUGUGUAGCCAGAAAUGUACAAAUACUAAAGGAUCUUUUGUGUGCGAGUGCUCAAAGGGCUACGUUCUGCGGCCCGACGGUCGAUCGUGCAAAGCUUUGGGAGCAAAUCCAUCCUUACUCUUAGCCAAUAGAGUCGAUAUACGUCAGGUCAGUAUAAGUGGUCCGAAGUAUACGUCCGUCCUUAAGGGAUUACACAAUGCCAUUGCCUUGGAUUAUCAUUAUAAGCGUAAUUUAAUUUAUUGGUCCGAUGUUUCUAUGGAUGUCAUACGAAAAUUGUAUGUCAACGGAACCGAAGGAGAAGAUUUUGUCCGAUGGGGCUUGGAAAGCCCUGGAGGCUUAGCCAUCGAUUGGAUACACGAUCUGCUGUUCUGGACCGACUCCGGUACCAGACGUGUGGAGGUGAUGACCCUCGAUACGAAGAUCCGUCACGUACUCGUCUCUCGCGAUCUCGAUAAACCUCGAGCUAUAGCCGUUCAUCCUCAUUUCGGCUACGUAUUUUGGACUGAUUGGGGCCCUAAUCCGAAAAUAGAACGUUCCAGCAUGGAUGGUUCCGAUCGCAAGAAUCUGCUGUCUCAAAACAUUCACUGGCCGAACGGAUUAACCAUUGAUUACACGACGGAUCGGAUCUAUUGGGUCGACGCGAAACAUCGAGUUAUCGAGUCCGCAACGAUAUACGGCCUGGACCGUAAAAAAGUCGUUACUCGCGGGCUGCAUCAUCCGUUCGCUAUCACAGUGUUUGAGGAUGCCGUUUACUGGACGGACUGGCAUUUCAAAAGUAUAUUUUUGGCUAACAAAAAUAACGGACGAGGUUACAAAACGAUUCACUCGGGUCUCCACUUUCCGAUGGAUCUGCACAGCUAUCAUCCCCAACGGCAGCCUGAGUAUCCAAAUCACUGUGGCGAAAAUAAUGGCAAGUGUUCGCACAUGUGCCUGCCCAAGCCAAUGGGUUAUAACUGCGUCUGUCCAGUGGGUUUGAAGAUUCAAAGCGACGGCAAAACCUGCGCAGCCAGCCCAGAUAACUUGUUGAUAUUCGCUAGAAAGAGGGAUCUCCGUUUAAUUAGUUUAGAUCAAUCGGUUAAGGCUUUCGAUGUCGUGGUGCCCGUCGAUAAUAUCGAAAGUGCGGUUGCGCUAACGUGGAAUUCCGAUGACGACUCUAUUUAUUGGACGGACGUUGAAUCCGAUACCAUUUCAAAAGCUGGUCUCGAUGGGAGCAAUCAAAAGAUCAUCAUUCACCAUAAUUUAGAAUCACCAGCCGGACUUGCUUUGGAUUGGAUCACUAAAAAGCUAUAUUGGACGGAUGCAGGGACAAAUCGAAUAGAAUGCUCGAAUCUCGACGGAACUAUGAGAACUUUACUAAUUUAUGAAGGGCUUGAUAAACCAAGAGAUAUCGUCGUAGAUCCAAUUAAUGGAUUGAUGUAUUGGAGUGAUUGGGGCAAAAAUCCGAAAAUCGAAGUGGCAGCUAUGGAUGGAUCAAACAGACGGAGUUUCAUUACUACCAAUUUGACUUGGCCCAAUGGUUUAGCCAUCGAUUUCGAAAAGAAACGUUUAUACUGGGCCGAUGGAGGAACUAGUAAAAUCGAAUAUUCCGACUUGGACGGCAAGCACAGAACCACCAUAAUAUCAGAGCCUAAUACCAAACAUCCUUUCGGUCUCGUAAUACAUCGGAAUAAAAUUUAUUGGACUGAUUGGGAUACCAAAAGCAUUCACCGAGCCGACAAGGACACGGGUAACAACGUCACGGCCGUCCGUUCCGAUAUAACGGGUUUAAUGGAUGUUCGCGUUUUUCAUCGUAAUCGACAAAUCGUGAAUAAUCCAUGCGGUCGCAACAACGGCGAUUGCUCGCAUCUUUGCCUCUUGAAUCCAACGCAAAAACGUUACAAAUGCGCCUGUCCUACCGGUCUGAUUCUUAAUCCGGAUGGAAAAACUUGCCCUGACAUGCCGUCGAAAUUUCUUCUGAUGUCUCACAGAAUCGACGUACGAGUUUUGUCACUGGAUACCAAUUACACAGCUGAUACUGUUUUACCUAUGGAAGUAAUGAAGAACGUAAGUGGAGCAGAUGUCGAUUUAGAAACUGGUUUCGUCUAUUGGACAGACCCUGGCCAACCUUUUGCAAAAGUCAUAAAGAAAGUUAAUUUCAAAGGUAAAUCGGAAGAGACGAUAAUCGAUAGUUGCAUCGAUACGGUUGACAGCCUGGUUGUUGAUUCGGUUGGUCGCAAGAUAUACUGGACUGAUGUAGGCUUGAACAGUAUCGAAGUAGCCGAACUCGACGGCAGAAAUCGUAAGGUCAUCGUAUGGUCAGGUUUGGAUAAUCCUCGAGCCAUAGCACUACAUUAUCCAGCUGGACUUGUAUUUUGGACAGACUGGGGUCACAAUGCUCGAAUCGAACGAGCCGACAUGGACGGCGAGCAUCGAUCAGCAGUCGUCACCGAAGACUUGACUUGGCCGAACGGCCUGUCCGUCGACCUUUUCGCUGACCGACUUUACUGGAACGAUGCUAAACGCAAUAUCAUUGAAAGCGCCGAUCUAAUGGGUCAAAAUCGCAAGGUGAUUUUGGACGGCGUAAAGCAUCCCUACGGUUUAUCGGUGGUCGGCGACUUUUUGUAUUGGAGCGAUUGGCAAGAAAAAGCUCUAUUGAGAGCCAAAAAAAGCGACGGUAAAAAUAAAAAGGUCGUCAUAGCGAAUUUAGAAGGAAUCAUGGAUUUGCGGCUUAUAGAUAAAAAACAAGUGCGACCAGAAAAUGCUUGUGGAAUAAAUAACGGAGGAUGUUCUCAUUUGUGUCUGAGAAAUCCCAACGGUUUCAAUUGUGCCUGUCCCACGGGAAUAAUACUAAAUAGCGAUAACAAGACUUGCAACGCCACGCCAACGAAUUUCUUACUGCUUGCGACGAAAAAAGCCUUGGUGAGAAUGUCUCUUGACACUCCUGAGAUGUGGGAGGUGCCACUGCCGGUUAAACACGUAUACAAUGCAUUCUCGGUAGAUUUUCAUUGGGAGAAGAAGCUUAUUUUUUACACUGACGUAGAUGUCAAAGUGAUAAGGCGAAUUAACAUGAGUGACUUUAGCGACGUUAAAGUCGUGACGUGGGGCUCACCCGCUUCGAGUCCGUUUCGGCUGGCCGUGGACUGGAUCGCAGACAAUAUUUACUGGACUGAUAUGAAGCAUCGCAUGAUCGAAGUUGCCCGGCUGGACGGCAGCAGUCGAAAGAAGCUCAUAGACAAUCUCAAGGAACCUCGUUCCCUAGCGUUAUUCCCGAAGGAGGGUUAUCUCUUCUGGGCCGAGUGGGGCGAUCAUCCGAGGAUAGAACGUGCCAAUCUUGACGGCAGCAAUCGCCGGAGUAUUAUUUCAACAGAUUUGAGCCUACCCAAUGGGCUUUCGAUCGAUUACGAAGCUAGAAAACUGUACUGGGCAGACGCUCUGAAAGACAGAAUAGAAGUAUCGGACUUGAGUGGCAGGUACAGAAUCGCCCUCGUUCCCGAAGCAGUUAAUGCUUUUGGCUUGUCACAGUAUGGCAAUCACUUGUUCUGGGGUGACUGGUUCAAAGAAAUGAUCGAGCGGGCCGAUAAACGAACCGGCAAAGAUCGUAACCAGAUUCGAACGGCACUAGACGGCACCACGGAGAUUCGAGCUGUUUCCGCAAGCAGACAAACGGGUUGGACGCCUUGUGCCAUGGAAAACGGAGGCUGCACACAUUUGUGCUUUUACACGAGAAAAAAUUACACUUGCGGAUGCCCGGAUCAACCGGAUUCCAACAUAUGCUCAAUUGUUCCCAGAAAACGCAUGCCUCUACGUAAACCCGGCACGGAAAACGACCCGAACUACGACGAAAUCGAAGAAGAAGACAUUCCGCCGCAGCAAACGGGCAGCGGAGGUCGCAAUCGCGACGGCAAGCUCAACGACUAUCGUAACGGCGAAUCGGGCAUGAGCCUCAGGACGAUGAUAACAACGACGGUCAUUUUGCUCAUCAUUACCGUUGGCAUAAUCAUCGUCAUUAUUUAUCUGCAGUGUCCGCGCAAGAACAAGCGAGAGAAUUUCUCCUACGGUAAUCGGCGCAAUGUGCUGACCUUUUCGAAUCCUAAUUAUAAUGCGUCUGCUGGCACGGAACUGACCACUCCAACCAAUCCACAAGCACAGGAUAAAAAGGGUUUUAUUUGGAAGAGGCUCAAGUACGAUAAAUCACAGAAAUCGAGCAGAAACAUUAGCAGCACCACGAGAUCGAGCAGCGUGAACAGCGAGCGCGACGUCCAAGAGAGCAGCGGUAGCGGCGGGGGCGGCGGCGGUGUAGGGGCUGGCUCGUUGUCCGCCAACGUCGCCGACUGCCCGAUCAAGCUGCAGCACCUGCCGCUCCACUUCAUACAAAUGAACGAGACCGAGACCACAUAGUGCCUGCUGGCCUCGGCCGGCAAGAACCAGGCCGCAGGCCAGAGCGACAAGGGCGAAAAGAUCGUCGACGUCGACUGACACAGACUCAGGAAGCGGCUCGACGAGCGUGGCGAUGUCGACGCCAUCGUCGCCGAGACUGUCUUUACCGAGAUCGAUUUGACGACGCGAUGAUGAAGUAGCUUGAAAGUUUAAUAAAUCAGAGGAAGAGCCAUUUUGUUAAACGGGUUGCGAACGACAAAUUGAGCGAUCGAAGGGCACAACUUAAUAUACUCAAGACGAUAAUUUUUUACACGCGAUAAUCAAGCGAUGCUCCGACUUGGCACGCGAUUAACUACUAUCGAUGUGCGUAUGUGUGUGUGUUUUAAAAGAAAUUUAGACGAUAAGAGCCGUUAAAAAUAAUUCUUACGCGCAAUAUAAUAACGAUAUGCACCUCAUGUACAAAUUUAAAUCUAAGAGCAGUCGCUCGCGCGCUCCAACGCCGCGGCUCUAUAGUCAAAUAAAAUACACAGCUAAGCAACUGAAUAAUUGUUGCACAAUAGCGUUAACAAUCGUUCGUGUCUUUUCGUUUCGUCUGUUUCGCAAUGAUGAAUAGACUUCGACGUGUUUUGUUGACUCGUUUCGCGCCUCGAGCUAAUUAGUUCGAGAUUUAGACUCGAGCGCGUGCAUCGUUUAAUAACUUUUGAAAUGAAAACUUUUAAUCUUUUGAAUACACUUCUUCGUGGUUUGAUUUAAAUUGACUGUUUACGUAAAUGUUUAGAAUUAUAAACGAGAGACGUACUUUAAGAGAAUCACAUAAGACUGAUAAUAAACUCGCCCAGUUGUGUCCUUUGAUCGCCGCGUUAAAUCGAUAAGUCGCGACGUUGACGUUUAUAAUUACGUAGUCAAAUAUUGGAUCACCUGAAGCAGGGUUGAUAUAAGCCCCGUAACAAAGUACAUCGUUAAGCCGGCAACGUUUGCAAUAUUGUAAUUAUAUUCUAAUGUAUAUUGUUAAUCAUAAUGUAUAUCGAUAAUCGAUAUUGUAUGUACAUUAAAAGAUUAGCGUGUACGAUGUAAAUGUAGGCACUACCACUGCGUUUGUGAAUGUUAUUAAAUUAUAAAAUAUGUAAUGUUUAAAAAACAAGCUAGUUAUAUUGCAUUAAUAUUAUAAAUAAUAUAGAUAUUAGCGGUUAUAGAAUUGUAUUUAACUAUUAUCAUAUGUAAUGUGCGCCAAGUAAUUAUCCAGCACAAUAAUAAGUCUACCGAUUCGCACAUCCCAUAGAUUUUAAUUUGUUUAUAAAGCACAAAAAAGUAUUUGCUUCACCACGUAAAAUAUUAAAAAUAAAUUUUUUGUAAUUACGUAUUAUACAUGCGAGCACACUUAUGAAUGGCAUAAAAUCUACUAUAAUGUGUUAAUAACGUUACGUUAAAUGAAUAAGAGAAUGCCUAUUUCUACAUAUGGUGAUUAUUCUGUGUGCUGUACCUUCAUAUAGGAAAGAGUUUACGAAGACAACGGACCAGCUCUGAGCCCAGAGGUGGUGUCGCUCAUACCGCCUUGUAACGCCACGCCGAGCAGCAGCAGAGCC